AGUAAAAUAGGGUCACACCUGUACGGAAGGUGUAUGUCCCUUGUGUAAUCUAACUACCUGAUCACGUUUUCGGUAUAACAAGAUGGCGACUUACACCUCCGGCGUCGUUUUCCUAGCCAUUUCCUUUUCGGUAAUUGGUUUAGCUGCCUCAAACAUUUGUUAUUCUACAAAUAGCAGAUACAGCUACUAUAAUGGUGGAUUAGAAUACUACACAGAUUCUACCUACUGUUCCUCCUCGUCAAGAUGCUGUACCGCAACAUACGGGCUCGCUGCUUCCUGUUGUUCCAGUGGCAUAUACUACUACUACUAUGAUGUGAUCUACUAUUCUGCGUCUCUCUCAACUGCAGCAAUAGCUGGAAUAGUGAUCGGCUGUCUCACAGGAAUUGGUGUAUUUAUCGCCAUUAUCAUCUGUUGCUGCUGCGCCUGUUGCCGUAGUCAAGGCAGGAGACAGGCCGGGCAGGUUUUGAGUCCUGUCGGUGGAGUAGGGACCACAGUAAUCUCGACACAAAACACAACAACACAGCAAGCCUAUCCUCAGAUGCCACCGAACCAAGCCAUGAGUCAGCCCUAUCCCGCCUACAACCCUGCAUUUGUACCGGAUUCUGCCCCAACGGUUGGACCUGGGGCUGCGCCCUAUGCGAAUGUGGCCCAACCACCCCCAUAUGAUAACAAAUAUUGACUUGUUACGCCAACACGAACAAUUGCUCGUUUAUUAUAAUAUUUUGCAUAAUUGCUGCUAAUCUUAAAUUUGUUUGGAUUUUUAUAUAAAAUGUGCUUGUAAUCAAUCCCAAAAUAUAUAAGACGUUUAUCAGAUGUGACAGAUAUCAAUAUUCAAGUAUUAGCAGUGAUUGAGUGUAAUAUGGUAUAUGUAACUGUGGACCUGUCCUAUUUCUAAUUAUUUUACAGCUGACUUUCAUUUUGCUUAUUUUGAAAAUCGUUUGUAUAAUUAAAGAAUACAUUGAAACAAUCAGAGGGUUGUAGAGGAGGUACCAUGACCAUUAAAGAAUACAUUGAAACAAUCAGCGCGUUGUAGAGGAGGUACCAUGACUAUUAAAGAAUACCUUGAAUCAAUCAGAGUGUUGUAGAGGAGGUACCAUGACUAUUAAAGAAUACCUUGAAUCAAUCAGAGGGUUGUAGAGGAGGUACCAUGACUAUUGAAGAAUUUUACGUACCAGUUCUUCAAUUUCACUUCGAACAUUUUAUGUUGUAAUCUUUUGUUACAUGGAACUAUUUGCUUUAUUAACAUUUGAUAUAUUUAUCCUUUUAUACAGAAAUGAAUAAAUUCUAUAAUUUGUAUCGCUCAAAUAAAAAACAAUUCUUCAUA